AGGGGAUUGAAAUAAAUGGGUUACAAGAAAGCCAGUGAUGAAAAGAGGUUUUCUGAUUUGUGUCUGGAUGGUGGGAACGAGAAGUGGGAAGGUAAGACUAGCUAUCCGUCUCUUUUCUCCCACCAGAAUGUGGAUGAUGCAAUGACAGUACUCCCUAAACUGGCCACAGGUCUGGAUGUCAAUGUGCGAUUCACAGGCGUCUCUGACUUUGAGUACACACCCGAAUGCAGUAUCUUUGACUUGCUGGGCAUACCUCUGUACCAUGGCUGGCUUGUUGAUCCACAGAGUCCUGAGGCUGUGAGUGCUGUUGGGAAACUGAGUUACAACCAGCUGGUAGAGAAAAUCAUCACCUGUAAACACUCCAGUGACCUCAACCUCGUGACAGAAGGUGACGGUGAUGCCCUCUUUCCUUGUGGAUGAGUAGUCUUAUUAUUGUUUUUGUAAUACACAGAGGGGACUUUUCUUUUUUCUGAUACAGGACCUCAUGUUGUUCAGGCUGGCCUUGACAUCAUUACAUAGCCCAGGCCAGUCUCUUCCUGC